GGCCAAUAUGUCGGUGGAAUUAUAUAUCGGUUGAAUUAUAUGCCCAUAUAUGUUUCCGUGUCCUAUAUGUCUAAUAAAAAAUAAAAAUUGGUCUCAAAAUUCAGUUGCUCAUCACCCCGCUAGUUUAGUACCUUUCGGUGUAGAACAAGUUUGGGAGAAUUUUUACCCUUCUGUAAUCUCUCCUUCUUUUCCUUCUCACUCUCAUCCAUAGAAAUCACAUCUGACUUCUCCAAUCUCCAUUAAAGUUGUCUUAUGAUCAUUCAUCCAUAGAAUACACAAUCAUUCUAAUACAUUAUACACAUAUAAGUGAUAUAACAAUAAAAAAUGACAAAAUUAUGAGAAUCCAUUGAACAUAUAAUCAUUCCCGCAUUAUAUAUAUGAUUGAUAAUUGCAAAAAAUAAAAAAUAAAAAAAAUAAAUUGCUUAACAAAUAUACAAUAUAGAGAUUUGGACCUAUGGACUGGAAAUCCUUAAUUAACAACAAAAUUAAGAGUUUAAAGUUUAAGGAAUUGGUAGUAGAGAAGAUAGGUGGGGUGCGGUGGAGUUUCUGUUGGUGGCUGAGAAACGGCCGAAAAUAUCGUAACUCGCAAUCUUGCCAGGUGAAAACGCCUAAAUUUCUCGUUGCUACAUACAAGUUCCGAAAUUUUCAGGUGGUUUGUUGGAAUCGCCUAAAUAUUUCGUAACCUGCAGGUGGGAAAGAAAAAUCCAGGUGUUUUCACCUACGGGUUACGAGAUUUUUUGGGUGUUUCCUUUUUUUUUAAAAAAAAAAAAAUCAGAAUGGUGGUGGUAGGCCUGGUGAAUGUUGGUGUUAGUGGUGGUGGCUGGCGAGGAGAUAGUGGUGGUGGCGGUGGGGUUAAUGGUGGUGCUUCAAUGGCGUAGUCCAUAUGAAGAAAGCUCAUAAUGCCAGACUGCAUCAAUGAGGGAAAAAGCUCAUAAGCCCACCUUUAAUGGAGAAUGCUUCAAUGGAGGAGAACACUCAUAAGCAAGCUCAUAAGCCCACUUUAAUGGAGAAAUGCUUCAAUGGAGGUAAAAGCUCAUAAGCCACCAAAAAUAACAGUCAAAUUUUUUGGGGAGUAAAAUCGUUGAGAUUGGUAAAAUUAAUUAUUUUUAUAACAAGGAUAAGCAAGUAAUUUUAGGUUAAUUUUCGGGCAUUAAUUGGAGAUUUAAGGGUGACGUUUAGCGUUCCACUUAAUGAAAUGUUGUAUUAAAUAUCUUUAAAAAAAAAAUGGUUUGUAAAAGGAUUUUAAAAAGUGAAAGCCUUAAAAAGGAAAAAAGAAAAAGCAAAAAUGUGCACAAAAGCGGUUACAAAUUGCAUAAAAUAUUAGCAUGAAAAUAUUGAUUUGAGUUACUCAAUCAUCUUCUUCUUUCACGUUCUUCGUGCUUUAUUGGUUCUCCCCAACCACAUUUUUUAAAAAAAAGAACAAAAAAAGAGAAAAAGAGCAUUUUUUCCUAUGAGAAAGUGAGUUUUAUAGGCUUUAUUUUAAUUUCUUUCUUUUUCUCAGGUUCUUUUUUCCUUCUUUAUUUACUUUAAAACAACUUUCUCAACUGAUUUGUGGGAUUUUUACAAGACUGAAAAAGUGUCUUUUAUGUUGUGUUUCUUUUAUCUGGGUCUAUAAAAUUAUUUUUUUUUUAAGUUAUGAAAUUAAGUUAAGAAUUGAAUUUUGAGUCAAAAAAUGAGCAAAGAAAAUAUGUCAGUAGCAGUAGCAGUAGCAAAUAAGGAUUCAGCAAUCAAGUUAUUUGGAAGAACAAUUUCUUUGCCUGAAACCCAGUUUUUAGAAGGCUCUGAAUAUAAGGACAAUGGAUCCAGCUUCAUGGUGAAAAAAGAAACAGUGGAAUUAGAAAACGAGAACUCUAUGCAGCAUGAGGUUGUUUCCAUGAAACAGUCAAUUACUUCACAAGCAACUAUGAAGCCCAGUGGUUACCAGGAAGACUCUGAUGGCGCGGGAGAACAAAAACAAAUGAGAAGACCGGACAAGAUCCUUCCAUGUCCGCGUUGUAACAGCUCAGAUACUAAAUUCUGCUACUUCAAUAACUACAAUGUCCAUCAACCUAGACACUUCUGCAAAAGCUGUCAAAGGUAUUGGACAGCGGGAGGUACUGUCAGAAAUGUCCCUGUUGGUGCAGGGCGGCGGAGAAAUAAGCAUUUAGCUUCUCAAUACCGUCAAGUAAUUGCAUCCUCUGAUGGCGGAGACACAUUAAUGGUUGAGGUUGGGGACUCAGCCAAUGAACUACGAUCUUGCGAAGAAUCUUCUACUUCCUGUACGGGCUCUAGUCCAAAAGAAAUGUUCCUCAAAUUCGGUCCCCAAUCACCUCAAUGUGACAGUUCCACGCCAAACAUGUCGUCCAACAGACAGAAUAAUGGAUACUCUCAGAUAGGAGGGAUCAACAGUGAUAUUCCUUCGCAACACCAUUUGUAUCAUUACAUUGUUCCUUCGCAGGUUACUACUUCAAGCCCUCAUUCUAAUUGUUCAGUUUCUUUGGCAGUUCCUGUAUCUGCCACACCUAAUAUUUCUUAUCAGAUAGUUCCUACUGCGUAUAUGAACUACAUCCCUGCUGUUUGGGUUGCUGGGUCGGAAAAUUUAUCAUUACCUAUGUCAAAUGGGUGUGUUUCUCCCACUAGCGGUCAUCUGCAAGUUCUAGGCAAGCAUUAUAGAGAUAUAAAUUCAUCACAAGAUCGUAGACUUGAAGAGAGCUUAACUCCAAAAAUACUAAAAAUUCAUGUAGAUGAUGCAUGAAAAAUUAUCAUUCUGCAAGUAUUUGGCGAUCAAGAUUUGAAAGAAGGGGCAUGUACAGGAGUUUGUCAAUCUAACAGAAGUGAUGGCUGUUCAAUGGCUGCAGUUUUACAUGUCCGAAAUCUUGUGAUUGAGCACGCGCAAAAGUGGUCAUUAGAGACUCAAGCAGGAAAUUUGGUGGAAUGCAUCAUGCUUCCAUUCAACUUUUCCUGUUACCAUAGUGCAGCAGAAAAGUUUUCGUGUUGAUGUGACAGAAAUCGCAUAAAUCUGACUAGGAAGAUGCAGUACUUGAAGAAACAGACAUACAGCUGAAAUGUCAGUUGUCAGAUGAUCCGAUUUGUCUUACAAGUUGGGUGGUUGAAUCAAUGACAUGUAGUUAUCAUCCAAAGCAAGGUCUUGUGUGGAUUUUUAAAAUCUGCCUUUUCAUAGGUAAAGUGAAAAAAUUGUUCUAAGAAUGUUGGGAUGUAGUAGUAGUUUUUCAUCUACAAACUAGCUACUUUUCAGGCAAUUGUUGACAAAAAUGUAGCUAAAUGAUAAAGAAGAUUUUUUCUUUUUGUUCCUUAGUUGAAAGCUAAGGACUCUUGCUGUUUAAUUUGAUGACUCCAUUGUUCUCUGAUGAAAGUGAUGAAUACUCUUUCCAUUUAAA